AUGAUUCGGGCGUUCAUUGCUGUUUCUCUUGAAGAAUGGAAAGAAGAACAACAUAUUAUUGAUGCUGCAAGGUUGUCAGAAUCUGGUCUUAAAUAUACAGCCGAUGACAAACAGUUUACAUUUAUAAAAUCUACAUUUUAUAAUAUUAAUAAUCAAGCUGAUUCAGUUCUUUAUGCAAAUAAAUUCAAAGUAACACUUACUGAUUGCUCAAUGUACAAUUGCAUUUCCGGAGUUCAAGGCUUAAUUUACGUCGGAAAUGUUAAUCCCCAGGAAGGUACGAUAGAUCGCUUUGCGCUCGAAGGAUUCUGUUUUAAAAAUUGCUACUCUACUAAAAAGGAUAAUGGAUGUGUACUUCAUAUUGAAAGUGACCCAACUGAUCGUGUCAAGAUUUCCAAAACUGCAAUUUCAGGUGUUAAUGACGGAGCUUUUGGAUUUAACAUAUAA